AUGCCCAUAUUGCCCAAAGACAUUCAGCAGACGCGACGUUCUGCUGCGCCACCUUCGUCAUGGGCAUCAGGUUCAAGAACAAUCGAGACGAUCAAACCCUGCAAUGGCUGCGUUCGGUCGGGUAGCGAUUGCGCGUAUCCUGCGACAGAGAAUAUAAAUGACUGCGGGCCGAAUGAGGGCGCUUCUCCUACGGGACAGUCAUUUCUUCCCUCCAACGCGCAGCAGAUACAAGAACAACAGGAUGAAUCGUUGACCUCACAAGCGGAGGACGAUACUUCUCCCUUUCAACAUGAGAUAAGAUCUGAGAGCCUCUCAUUAGGGGGUUCGGCAGGGACCGUUCCUUUGCCAACAACAUCUACAGUGGAUCAAGUACAUGGUGCUCAAAUCACGGAUGAAGAUUGUCAAGCUGGCCCUUUUUACAUUCUGGACGAUGAGCCGACAAUCUCUCCAACUAUAGACAUUCCACAACCCUUCAAUGUCUUGCCAGUAGAUCCAGCCCAUACAGUCUUUGAAGAUACGUUUGCUCUUUCCCCUUCGUCCAUCCUUCCGGGACAGACAAGUUUUCGGACUGGUGGCUUUGACUGGCUGAACUUUGACAUAGGCAACAGUCCCCAAGGCUUCCAACUCGAGACCUUUUAUAAUAGCUACAUACCAGAAUUCUGGUCUUCUAGUACAGCUCAACAAGUCCCCGAGUCGGGGGAGCCUGGUAGUGGUGAUGUUGGCAAUGGAGCGCAGCACAAGAUGGGCAAUGGAAACUCGAGCCGGGAUUCACAAGACGAAGGGCAACCAGACAUCGAACAAAACACGCUUGCGUGGCCUUUUGAUCAGGCGCAUAAACAACCCCCUCAUCUUUAUCAGCUCCCUCCACUUCGCGAUAUUCUCAACGGUUAUUGCCCCACAGACAGACCACGGCCUGUUCAAACAACACUUGUAAAAGGCUUCAUCCAGAUCCUCUCUGAGAAUCCCCUUCCUCAGCUUGAGACUCUAAGAGACCCUCACUCUAUACAAGCUUUCUGCAGCCUGCAACGUCUUGUUGACUCUUAUUUUUCUCGGUUUCACGAUAUUCAGGCGAUUAUACACAAACCUACGUGGACCAUGUCGGCUUGCCCGCCUAUUCUUCUCACGGCCAUGGCCUCUGUUGGCGCAUUGCUCUCUGAUAGUCAGUCAGAUUACGAGCUCUCAGUAGCACUGAGUGAGAUUUGCUCUACAAUGAUUAACUGGAUGGGCGCCUCAGAUGCUACCAACUACAGCGAUGUCUCAUAUCUUAAUGCGCUAUGUCUUUACCAGAUCUACUCACUUGGUUCAGGCAAACGACAGCUGUAUCAGAAUGCAGACAGAUCUCGUGGGCUCUUGAUCGGUGGCUUACGGGGAAUUGGCCUGUUAAAUCCCCGCUCUUCGAUCACACUAAGUCAGGAUCACGAGACCAUUCGCUGUUCAGAAGGCGACCAUGUUCUUAUGGAAGAUUGGAAGGAGUGGAUCAGAAUUGAGUCAGGACGUAGGGCAUCUUGGGCAGCAUUCGAGUAUGACUGCAGUCUUUGCACCCUCACAAGUCGUCGAGGCAUUGUCGACUUGAGCGAACUGCCAUCUGAGUUGCCAUGUCCUGAAUCCAUGUGGAAUGCCUCUUCAGCACGAGCUUGGUUUGCUUUAAUGUCUCGCCUUGGCCAGGACGACUCAAGGCCAAACUUAUCUAGAGUGCUCAAGCAAGCACUAGCUGGGAGAGAACUGCCAUCAUCCUUGGGAUCUUGGGCUAAGAGGCUCUGUGCGCAGGUAAUUGGGCGGUUACUCUGGGAUCUCUGGCAAAUCGAGGUUGUCGCGAUGCCUGAGUACCUCGGCCUUGGAUCCAUUGUGGCUGCUCACCAAGACACAAAGAGGUCGCUGCUCAAGGGCUUGAAUAACUUGGCUGAAUCUCUAUCUUCGCCAUCAUCUACAAGUGAUCUUACCAGCUACAAUAUAGCCAGUCUUCUUUGCCACUAUUCUCACCUCUGUGCGGCAAAUGGCGUCCUCGACCUCAUCCUAUCCAUCGUACGGGGCCUCAUCUCUACGGAGCCGCGAGUGCACGACGGAAUCAAGAUGGCGCGCAACCGUCUCAAGUUGACAUUUGCUAGAGACCCAAAAACAGCAAGAAGGCUAUGCUGGCACGCAGCCCAAAUCGUCGCAAUCGCUAAUGAGUACUUGGUCUCUGCUCCUUGCGAGAUUAUGCGUGUGUUUAUGGGCUACAUCUUCAUCAUUGCCUAUUCGGCUUAUGGGGAUCAUACUAGAUCGUCGCCAAUGGAGGUCACCCAGAGUGUCAGGCUGGACCUGCAUGAUCAGAAUCUUUCUCACAGAAGAGUCGUUGUUAGAUGGAUUGAGGUCGGGGGACCGGCUAGCUCUGGAUCUGUUCCAGAUAUUGGUGCUGACGGUUGCAUCCCUGCCAUCAGCUCCGAUGCACAAGAGAUUUUGAAGAAGUUGCAAUGCUGGGGACUGGCUCACAAGUUCACCAAGGUAUUUCAAGUAUUGGAAGCAAAAGGACUGUAG